CAGCUUCCUCCUCCUCCUCCGUCCGACAAUGUCGUCGAACCAGCACGAUUACUCCGACGCACUCUCAAAAUCAAUCCUCUUCUUCGAAGGCCAACGCUCCGGUUACCUCCCAAACGACCAGCGUAUGACGUGGCGUCGUAAUUCCGGUCUGAGCGACGGUUGGACACACAACACAGAUUUAACCGGCGGUUAUUACGACGCCGGAGACAACGUCAAAUUCAAUUUCCCGAUGGCUUUCACCACCACAAUGCUCGCGUGGAGCGUAAUUGAAUUCGGCGAACUCAUGCCUUCGUCGGAGCUACGAAACUCCCUCGUGGCUCUCCGGUGGAGCUCUAAUUACCUCCUCAAAUCCGUUUCUCAGCUACCAAACCGAAUCUUCGUCCAGGUAGGUGAUCCAAUAGCAGAUCAUAACUGCUGGGAAAGACCAGAAGAUAUGGAUACACCAAGGACUGCUUACGUUGUUAAUGCCCCAAAUCCGGCUUCUGAAGUGGCCGGAGAAACUACGGCAGCCCUCUCAGCUGCUUCGAUUGCUUUUCGAUCAUCGGAUCCAGGAUACUCUCAGACAUUGCUCCAAAAUGCCGUCAAAACUUUCCAGUUCGCUGAUAUGUAUCGCGGUGCUUAUAGCAGCAAUGAUGAUAUCAAAAAUGACGUUUGCCCUUUCUACUGCGAUUUCAACGGAUUUCAGGAUGAGUUAUUGUGGGGAGCAGCUUGGUUGAGAAAAGCGACUGGUGAUGAAAGAUACCUUAAUUACAUAGAGAGUAAUCGUGAACCGUUUGGUGCUAGCGAUAACGUAGACGAAUUUGGCUGGGACAACAAAGUUGGUGGACUUAAUGUUCUCGUUUCAAAGGAAGUUAUAGAAGGAAAUAUGUACAACUUAGAGGCGUACAAGGCAUCGGCGGAGAGCUUCAUGUGUAGUCUGGUCCCGGAAUCUUCAGGACCGCAUGUUGAGUAUACUCCCGCCGGUCUACUUUACAAACCCGGCGGUAGCCAGCUCCAACAUGCGACCACCAUAUCUUUCCUCCUCCUUGUAUACGCGCAAUAUCUUUCAAGAAGCUCUCUCUCCCUCAAUUGCGGCACCCUUACCAUCCCUCCUGAUCAUCUCCGCCGUCUUGCCAAGAAACAGGUGGACUAUAUAUUGGGGGAUAAUCCAAUGGGAUUAUCGUACAUGGUCGGAUACGGAGAGAGAUAUCCAAAGAGGAUCCACCACCGUGGCUCAUCAUUGCCAUCGAUCAAGGAUCAUCCAGAAGCCAUCAGAUGCAAAGAUGGGUCGGUUUAUUUCAAUUCGACCGAACCGAACCCGAACGUUUUGAUUGGAGCGGUGGUGGGUGGGCCUGGAGAGGACGAUAAGUACGAUGAUGAUCGGUCCGAUUUCGGCAAGUCCGAGCCCACUACUUACAUCAAUGCUCCUUUCGUUGGCGUAUUGGCGUACUUUGCAGCCAAUCCUGGUUCUAGCUAACGUCAUGAGAGUAGAAUUGGAAAACAUUAUUCUAAAGUUCCUGGAAUAUGCAUGGGAUGGGAGUACAUGUUUUUUAGAAGUCUCUCAUCUUGCCCAAGCAAAGAAGCUAAGGAAGAAGUUCUUACAGUUAAAUAGUUUUUCUUUUACACAAGAAAUAAUCUGAAUAACUUAUU